CUCUCUUUAUAAUAUUCCCGAUAUUUGAAUUUUUACUCUUUUCUAUCAUUCAUUUACUUUUCCCUCCCUCUUUGUUUCCUCCCUCCCCAUCCUUUGAAUUGAUAGUCUCUUCGACCCGCACCUCCUCUCUUUCCUUCUCCAUUACUAGAGCCAGUGUCCAUAGCAGACUUCCAGACUUUCAACACCUGAAGCAGCCUUCUCUUCACUCAUGGCCAGCCAACAGUUUUCCAGCCAACUGCAGGAAGAAGUAAUCUGCCCCAUCUGCACAGACUUUCUGCAGGACCCUGUCACCAUAGACUGUGGACACAAUUUCUGCAACAGAUGCAUCACACGGAUUGGGGAAGCAUCAGGCAGUUUUUUCAAAUGUCCCCUCUGCAACAGUUCUGUGAACAAAACAUUCAGGCCCAACUGGCUGUUGGUAAAUCUGGUGAAGAAAAUCCAAGCUAUGAGUGCUUCUGAGGAGCAACCAGAAAGGGACGAGCUGAAAUGUCAGAGGCAUGGAGAGAAGCUCUAUUACUUCUGUGAGCACAGUGGGAAUUUCCUCUGUGUGAUGUGUUGUGAAUCCGAGGACCACAGAACGCAUAAUCACAGUUUGAUAGAAGAAGCUGCCCAGAAAUAUCAGGUGAAGAUUCAAUCUCAGAUUGAGAUCUUGCAGCAAACAGAGAAGGAGAUAGUACAAAAGAAGGAGCAAGGUGAAUGGAAGAUCAAUGAUUUUAUGAACCAUGUAAAUUUUGAGAGGAUAAAGAUCCUUGGGGAAUUCAGACACCUGCAGCAGGUCCUUGAGGAAGAGAAGAAUUUCCUCCUGUCCCGGCUCCAUUGGCUGGAGCAGGAGGGGACAGAGCAGAAGAAACUCUUCAUGGCUUCAAUGGAGUUGCAGCUGACCACCCUCAAGAAGCUCAUUGAUUCCUUGAAGGUCAGGCAGCAAAUGCUUCCUAGUCAGCUGCUGGAGGACAUCAGAGUUAUCCUGCACAGGAGUGAAGAAUUUCAAUUUCUCAAUUCAACCCUGAUUCCUCCACACCUGGAGAAAAAACUCAGUGAAGCAAAAUCAAGACAUGACUCCAUCAUAGAGAACAUGAAGAAAUUCGAAGAUAACCUCCAGGCUAAUGGGAAGAAAGAUAAAAACAGAUUCCUCAAAGGCAUGAAUGAAAAAGACAAGCAGAACUGGGACGAAACAAUUAAGCCGGGGCCAUCUAAUCCCUACCCCCGAACUCCAACCCACGCCUUAUUUGGGGCUCCCUUUGCUGGGGAAGCCGCCCCUUCAGCAUCACUUCUGGCCGGAAGCAGGGAGACUUAUGUUGAAGUUCCUGAAAACGGAGCGGGGAGCUUUAGCGCUGAGAUUACUGAACGGUUCAAAGUGGUGCUGACCCCUGUGACACUGGAUACGGCCUCGGCCCACCCAGACCUCAUCCUUUCCCAGGAUCUAAAGACAGUAACUCUGGCCCUCCACUUCCCGCGCAGGUCGGAGGAGCCCGCCAACCCCGAGUGCUUCUACCCUUUUCGUUGUGUACUGGGCUCUCCAGGCAUUACUUCUGGCUGCCAGGCGUGGGAGGCGGAGCUUCAAGGGAGGGAACGCGGGGGCUGUCUGGUGGGCGUGGCCUCGGAGCUAGUGUCAAGACGCGGUUGUCUGCUUGUGGAGCCCUUGGCAGGCCUCUGGACGCUGCGCAUCACAAGCCUUGGGUGCGAGGCGCUCACCGAUGGUGGUACCCGGGAGAACCUCCCCAUCCAUCCGAAGAAAGUGGGCAUCUUCGUGGACCACGCACGCGGGAAGAUCGUCUUCUUUGACAGCACCACAAGCAAGCACAUCUAUACCUUUCACGCCUCCUUCGCUGGGCAGAUCUUCCCCUUUUUCCAGCUCCUGUACCCUGGCACCCGAAUCUCCCUGAAUCCCUAGAGUUGUUCCCUUUCCUUUCUCUCCAUCUCUUCCCUUCUAACUCCCCAUUUUGGGAUGCGCUGCAGCUAGUCCCAUUGAAGCUAGGCUUCCUGGAGCCCUUUCCAAACAUUCUGAUAUUCUGACCCCAUUUAAAAUUUUCCAUUUUUCUCUCAGGUUCCCCUUCCCCUUUCUAUGUCUGAAUCAAGAAGAAAGACUCAAAUACACCAAAAGACUAUA